AUGAAGGAAACAACGAGUCAACAGUUUUCAUCCGCAUCUCUUAGCAUCUGUCCCCCUGGGUCUUUUGGUGUUGCUGUCUCUGACGAGGUUCCAGAUUGUGAUGAGCAAGAGGAAAACGGCGAGAUGGAGGUAAAGCAGUUAACCUUGCUCCAGAGGUCUGGGGAAGUAAAACAACACAGCAAGAAGAAUGGUGUCUUAACUACUGAGAUGGUCUCCAGCUGUGUCCUCAACCUUGGUCACUCCGGGCUGCAGCGCUCAUACCACCAACUCUCUCUGCCUAACCGCAAUCUGAGUGACAUCUCAGUUUUAUGUAACUAUGUCUACCUUCAGAAGCUGGAGCUACCACACAACAAAAUCACUGAUUUAUCCUGUGUGAGCCACAUGCCCUCCCUUGUCAUCCUGGAUGUGUCUCAUAAUGAAAUCUCCAACUUCUUUGGAUUCCAGCCACCCAAGAAUCUUAAGGAAGUCAAUUUCUCCCACAACUGUAUGACAAAAAUGAAGGAUCUGUCAGCGUAUUCAUCUCUCAGUAAGCUGGAUCUGGACUACAACCAUUUCAGUGAGAUAACUGGUGUUGAGCAAUGUUGCAAGCUCACCUAUCUUAGCCUGGCUCACAACAAGAUCUCAAAGAUCAGUGGCCUAGAAGCUCUGCCUCUCACCCACCUCUGUUUGAGGGGGAACCAGCUGGAGAGGAUUGAAGGGUUGGAGAAUCUGAAAAGUCUGCAGGUUCUUGACCUGUCUAUGAACCACCUCACCAGUCUGUCUGGCCUCCAGAAUCUCCACCUGUUGGGUGCCGUUAAUCUGGAGAAAAACCUGAUAAGUGAAAUCCAGGAGUGCAAACACAUUCACAACCUUUUCCUGCUGAGGGAUCUUAACCUGCUGGAAAACCCUGUCCAGGAGCAGCUGGAUUACAGACUAGCAGUUGUCUUCCUCCUUCAACAUCUGACUCUGCUGGACCAGGAGAAAGUCACUGUUGAAGAAAAGGUGGCUUCUGUUAACAAGUAUGACCCUCCUUUGGAUGUGGUGGCAGCCAGGGACCACAUGAUGCAUCUGGUGUAUCAGCUGAUGCAGCCCCAAGUGCUCUAUGACAGCAGCACUUUGCCUAGUACAGACUCCCCAUACCCCAUGCUGGUUCUGACUGGUCCUCAAGGCUGUGGGAAGAGAGAGAUGGCACACAGACUGUGCCAGGAGUUCAGUGAAUGCUUUGCCUAUGGAACCUGUCACACCACAAGGGGGCCCUACUAUGGAGAGGAGAAUGGUAUUGAUUACCACUUUGUCAGUGAGGAAGAUUUCCAGAGUUUGACACACAUGGGUAAGUUUAUCCAGACCAUGCAGUAUGGGGGUCACAGAUACGGCCUGACCAGAGACACCAUAGAGGAUGUAGCCAGAGAGGGACUUGCCUGCUGUGUGCACAUGGAGCUAGAAGGUGUGUUUAGCCUGAAGAAAAGCUACUUCGAGCCUCGAUACAUCCUGCUCAUCCCCACCAAGGUGGAGAAAUACAUCAGCCAGCUGAAAAGCCGCAAUCUCUACACCAAAGCACAGAUUGAUACAGCAGUGUCACGUAUAGAGCUCUAUGCCUAUACCAACAGGCAACGACCAGGAUUCUUUGACAAUGUUAUCCCCAGUGACGACUGUGAAGAAGCCUUUGAGUCACUGAAGGGGGUGGUGAAGGAGUACCUGUUGCUAGAGGAACAGGAAGAAGGAGACAACAACAGAGUGUCCCCUGACAACACAUCCUUGGGUCAUGAUCCAGAGGAAAAACUGCCUUCCCCCCUGUCAAGGUCUACAUUGUGCUCUGCCACAGCUCUUGAACCCUCACAUUCAUCUUACAGGAACUAUUUCACCAAGAUUCAGGCAGAGCUCAGCCCACAGAAGAGCCCUGCUGAGUUAGCCUCCAUCGCGAGGCGAGAGCAGCUGGUGAGAGAAGCUCUAGUGGGGAAGAGUCCAGGGGCCUACAGCCAGCUCUUCAAAAGCUCUGCUCAAACAGCAACAUCACAAACGCAUAAUCAGGAUCCUGGGGGCUGUUUGAAUGAUGACAGCAGCUCGGAUGACUCUCGUGCUAGCUCAGCGCUCUCUGUACCCAGUUCAGCUGGGGCGUUAUCCGGCUUUGUACAGGUGCAAGAUGCAUCUGUCCUGGGACAAGCCGUGGAAACAUCUAAAGGUCAGACAUCUGAGGAUCCACCUCCUGGCACAGAUCAGCUAGAUUUGGUGGCAUCUCCCUCUUCAGAUCGACGCCCUGGAUCAAACGUUAAGCCCAUCCUGCCACCAAUACCUGCUGGGCGCAAGACCCCUGCAGCAUCCAGCCCAGCUCCUUCACCCAGACCCAGCCUGAGCACUGCAGUAGCAGAGGAAAGCAAUGCGGAGAAAGAGGACUAGCUGAGUAAAUAUGAAGAAUAGAUGCAAA